GGGAGUGUCACAGAGGAGGGAACAGCUUUGGCAAAGCCUUUUGCUGUCCCUCCCUACCCCCAGCUGCCCUUGGUGACCAGCCCAAGGACCUACACUGAGCUUUCUUUACCCCGGUUCCUGGACAUGAGUGUUGGAGCCUCGAACAAGAUCUUCCCCCAGGGAGAUGCUGAGAUCAACUCUGCUGCUGGAGGGAAAGGCCGCCCUGGAGGGGAAGGCUGUGGCCCCUUCUGCUGCUCACGCCGUGGGGCCUGCCUCUCGGCCUUACUGCUGCUACUGACGGCCAUGCUUGCUGCCUUGCUCAUCGUGGCCACCAUCCUUGGACGUCCACCCCACGGACCAGAGACCCAGUCCUGUGUGACGUUGACCAACAGGACGGGCUUCUUAUGCCAUGACCGAAGGCAUUGCAUCCCAGCCCACGGGGUGUGUGAUGGCGUUCGCACCUGUCCCCACGGUGAGGAUGAGGAUGAAAGCUUGUGCCGAGAUGUGCCCCGGAGCCUCCCCAGCUUUCUCCUGGCCCACUGUGGAGACUCAGCCUCCUGGAUCUACUCGGACCAGAGAUGUGAUGGUAUUAACAACUGUGGGGACUGCUCAGACGAACUGAGCCCAGUAACCACGUGUCCACCUUGUGGCCCCGGCUGGUGGCGCUGCACUCCUACCGUCUUCAAGUACUGCAGCUGUAUCCCCAGGGUUCUGUGCCGGGACCGUGUGCAGCACUGCUCUGAUUGGUCAGACGAGUAUGCCUGUUCUGGACCCUGAGAGAGCGCCCCUCUGCAGCGUGGAGGCUGGCACCAGGAACCUUACACCAGAGCGUCAAACCCUAGGCUACAAGGGAGGGAAGGAGCCUUUGACGUCAUCCAGCGACAUCUCCCCAUUGUCUCUAAACAGGAAUUAGCCUUUUCGGUUCUAGUGUCUCAGCCUCUACUUGAGCACCUCCACUAACAAGGAGCUCACUACCAUGUUAGAAAGCUUCUAACAAUGAGGUACUCACCAUCAUUUUAAGCCCGUCGAUGGGACCACUCAGAGGGAAUAUGCUCCUUGGCUCCAGGGCAGGCCGGAAGGUCCCAGUCUUAUCACCGUUUGGAGAGACAGACAAAAGUGUGACUUAAAUGUCAAGCAGAGGCGUUUAGCCCCCAUGGAUAGAAAACGAAGUACACACAUUUACCAUCCAUUCUGUGCUGGGGUGGCCAAAGCACAGGCAUAUGUGGAAAGAAAAGAUUGUCACUUCAUAAUAAGAGUUCCGGAGACUCAGAAGAGCCAGAGAAAAUCAAUUUAGUUUAUAAUCUUGUAAGGCAUCAGCCCAGAAUGUCAGGUUUGCCCCGUGAGUACAGAGAGCGUCUAUAAACCCUAAUGCAUGACCCUCCCUCCCUUUCGUGACUAAUCGCGAGGGCACCGUCUCUUGGGCCAUCGUGGUCCCACCUGUCCUUCUUCCCACCUGUCCCUCUCUCCUCUGCAUUUGUCUUUUUCUCAACAAAAACCUUGCACAUGUUCAUCUGUUUUACAUCCUGUCUAUUUUAAGACUUAUCUGAUGUGUGCAGGCAAGCUUGGCUAUGAGUAAUUUUUUAUCCUAAACUUCUAGUAUGGAUGUAGGGUAACUUAGCAGAGUUUGGGUAGGGGUAUGAAGACUAGCAGGCAUUAGCAGAGGGCCAGCAUCUUCUGUUCAGUUUGUGCUGGACCUCAGUUGGCUCAAGGCAUCUUCGAAAUGAAUCAUCAGAUUUUCCAUGGGGUGGGGGCAGACAUAGUAGUGGUCAGAGUGUUGGAUCAAUACACAGUAUCUCAGUUCAUCCCAUAGGUGGUGGGGGUAACACAGGGGAGAUUAAGUCAGGAAUGUGGGCUGCUUUAAGAGUAUUAAAAAAACCUGUCUCUUGCCAGACAGUGGUGGCACAUGCCUCUGAUCCCAACACUCAGGAGGCAGAAUCUCUGAGUUCAGAGCCAGUCUGGUCGAGGAUAGCCAUGGCUACACAGUCUCGAA